CUGGAACUUAAUGCAACAGUCACUCGACAGAAUGCAACCAUACUCAUGCUUGCCAGAAACAGCGAUCUCAAAGAAGCCAUUGACGCUCUCACGUCUUUCGAGUCGCAAUUCAACCAUCAAUACCACUAUCCAGUGGUGUUUCUCAACAACGAACCCUGGACCGAUGAGUUCAAGCGAGGGGUGUCGGCUAUAGUCAGUGGGCAGUCCAUCUUCGACACCAUAUCUCCGGACCUGUGGGGCUAUCCAGAUCAUGUCGAUCAAGAAGCUGCUCGAGCACAUAUCAACGAGCAAGGAGAUCGAGGCAUCAUCCACGCAGGACAAGAAAGUUAUCACCACAUGUGUCGAUUCUACUCCAUGAAAUUCUAUGAUCAUCCUGCAAUGCAACAAUUCAAAUGGUACUGGCGCCUCGAACCCGGCAUCUCCUUCGAAUGCCCCAUAACGUUCGACCCUUUCGCCUACAUGUCGCGUGAGAACAAACGCUACGCCUACACGAUCGCACUGCAAGAAGUCGGCGCCACAGUCCGCAGUCUCUACCGAGUCGUCAGUGACUACAAAGACAGCAUGCACAUAGCGCCCUCUAGCUACUGGAACGCCCUGAUAAAUCGCUCAUGGGCACCACUACCCAUCCGCUGGCUGCUACGACUAGCACCCUACCGCGACAUCAAUGGCGACGAGUGGAACCUCUGCCACUUCUGGAAUAAUUUCGAGAUCGCAGAUCUGGAUCUCUUCCGCAAAGAGGAUUAUAGACAUAUGAUGGAGCAUCUCGACAAGCAAGGAGGAUUUUAUACCGAGCGUUGGGGUGAUGCCUCCGUGAGGUCUUUUGCGGCAACUUUACUACUGAAGCCAGAAGAGAUCCAUUACUUUGGUGAU